AUGUAUAAUAAGAAUUUUAUUCUCUCUCAUUAAGAUUGUUAUGAGCUACAAUAUGAUUCAUAAUAAAAUAAAAUAAAAGUAAUUUAUUAAAAUAAUUAAAUUCCUGCUUUUGAACUCUACUGGUCUAGUGUUGGAUUUACAUAAUAUCUUUUUAAUUAUGAUGCAAAGCAAAAUGAAAUUACCAACAUACAAAUAUUAUAUAAUAAAAUACCAGGAUGUGAAAAUAGUGAUAGUGUUACAGGCUUCUGUUCAUAAUGCAACCAAAAUUAUUAUUUAUAAAAUAAAUAAUGUGUAACAUAAUGCAACGACAAAUACUACUAAUCUGGUAAUUAAUGUUUGCCUUGUGAUAAAACAUGCUUAAAUUGUGAUGGACCUUCACCUACAAACUGUUUAAAGUGUCCACUAUAUUAUUACUUACUUAUAGAAUCAAAAGGAAGUAGUUGUUAACCAUGCCAUGAAACCUGUAAGACUUGUAAUGGACCUUCAGUUCAUGAUUGUGUGACAUGUUCAACAUUUAAUUAUCUAUUUUAAUAAUAACCAGUUAGUUAGUGCCUCCCAUGUGACUAUUCAAAAUAAACUUGUUUUGGAUUAUCUAAAAUAGAUUUUUUGAAUUAUCCAUAAAGCAAUUUUAUAAUUCUUGAAGAAAAUCAAUAUUUAUACAAUAAUUGCCAUGAAGAUUGCUAAGAAUGCUAUGGACCCUCUAACUCUAAUUGUUUAAAAUGCAAAUCAUAAUAGUAUUUAGAUAAAUAGAAAUGUAUUAGUUGUGAUUAGACUUGUUACUCUUGUAAUGGACCUACAUCAUAAAAUUGCCUAACAUGCCCUCCAUAAAAAUAUUUAUUAUCAGAUAACUCAUGUGUUGAUUGUAAUUAAAUAGGAUAAUUUAUUGUUGAAUAAAAAUGUAUUUCUUGUGAUAAAACUUGCUUAACUUGUAAUGGACCGUCAUCUAGUAACUGUUUAUCUUGCCCGCCAUAAAAAUAUUUAUAAAAAAGCACAGAUUAUAAUAAAUCUGGGUAAUCUAUUGUUGGAUAAAAAUGUGAGGUUUGUCAUUAAACUUGCUAAUCUUGUUAUGGACCUACAUCAUAAAAUUGCUUAACAUGCCCUCCAUAAAAAUAUUUAUUUUCAGAUAACUCAUGUGUUGAUUGUAAAUAAAUAGGAUAAUCAAUUGUUGAAUAAAAAUGUAUUUCUUGUGAUAAAACUUGCUUUACUUGUAGUGGACCAUCAUCAAGUAAUUGCUUAUCAUGCCAACCAUAAAAAUAUUUGAAGACAAGUAUAGAUAAAAACUAAUCUGGAUAGUCUAUAGUUGCAUAAAAAUGUGAAGAUUGCCAUUAAACUUGCUAAUCUUGUAAUGGAUCUUCAUCCAAAGAUUGCUUAACAUGCCCUUCAUAAAAGUAUUUAUUUUCAGAUAAUUCAUGUGUUGAUUGUAAUUAAAUAGGAUAAUCUAUUGUUGAAUAAAAGUGUAUAACCUGCGAUAAAACUUGCUUAACUUGUAAUGGACCAUCAUCUAGUAACUGUUUAUCAUGCCCACCAUAAAAAUAUUUGUAUAUAAGCAAAGAUUAAGAAUAAUAUGGAAAGUCUAUUGUUGCAUAAAAAUGUGAAGCCUGUCAUUAUACUUGCUAAUCUUGUAAUGGACCUUCAUCCAAAGAUUGUUUAACAUGCCCUCCAUAAAAAUAUUUAUUUUCAGAUAACUCAUGUGUUGAUUGUAAUUAAAUAGGAUAAUUUAUUGUUGAAUAAAAAUGUAUUUCUUGUGAUAAAACUUGCUUAACUUGUAAUGGACCGUCAUCUAGUAACUGUUUAUCUUGCCCGCCAUAAAAAUAUUUAUAAAAAAGCACAGAUUAUAAUAAAUCUGGGUAAUCUAUUGUUGGAUAAAAAUGUGAGGUUUGUCAUUAAACUUGCUAAUCUUGUUAUGGACCUACAUCAUAAAAUUGCUUAACAUGCCCUCCAUAAAAAUAUUUAUUUUCAGAUAACUCAUGUGUUGAUUGUAAUUAAAUAGGAUAAUCUAUUGUUGAAUAAAAAUGUAUUUCUUGUGAUAAAACUUGCUUUACUUGUAGUGGACCAUCAUCUAGUAAUUGCUUAUCAUGCCAACCAUAAAAAUAUUUGUACACAAGCAUAGACUAUAACUAAUCUGGAUAAUCUAUUGUUGGAUAAAAAUGUGAAGAUUGCCAUUAAACUUGCUAAUCUUGUAAUGGAUCUUCAUCCAAAGAUUGCUUAACAUGCCCUUCAUAAAAGUAUUUAUUUUCAGAUAAUUCAUGUGUUGAUUGUAAUUAAAUAGGAUAAUCUAUUGUUGAAUAAAAGUGUAUAACCUGCGAUAAAACUUGCUUAACUUGUAAUGGACCAUCAUCUAGUAACUGUUUAUCAUGCCCGCCAUAAAAAUAUUUGUAUAUAAGCAAAGAUUAAGAAUAAUAUGGAAAGUCUAUUGUUGCAUAAAAAUGUGAACCUUGUCAUUAUACUUGCUAAUCAUGUAAUGGACCUUCAUCUAAAGAUUGUUUAACAUGCCCUUCAUAAAAGUAUUUAUUUCCCGAUAACUAGUGUGUUGAUUGUAAUCUAAUCGGAUAUUUUAUUGAUGGAAAAAAUUGCCUAUCUUGCAGCUAAACUUGUUAAACUUGCAAUGGGCUUUCAUCUAAUGAUUGUUUAACAUGCCCACCAAAAAAAUAUUUAUUUUUAGAUAAUUCAUGCGUUGAAUGCAAUAAAAUAGGAUAAAAAAUUAUUAGAAACAUAUGUAAUUGUAUUGAAAAUUAUACAUUUUUUAAUGGAGAGUGCAUAUAAUCUAAUUAAAACUAAAACUAAAAUAAGACAAAUUAUUUGAAUUACUAAUCGAAUGUUUUUUCUUAGCAAGCUAUACAAGAGGUAAAAUAGUAAACCUAGACAACAUCUUCUGUUUCAAUAGCUAGUACAGCAGUUUUAAGCUUUAUUUAAAACUUGUUCUCUUCUUCUAGCUUUGGUAUAUUUAUUAAUGGUUUUGCUUGCUUUAAACUAAGCUACCUAACAUUAGUCAAUAACACUCUUCCAUAACAAAUAAAUUCAGCUUUACAGGUUUUUACUGGUAAAAUAUUAAAUUAAAUAAUUUUUUGA